CUUUCGACAUCCUUGAUAGUUUGGACCAGACUGCAAAUCCUUGUGAUGACUUUUAUCAGUUCGCUUGUGGGGGUUGGAGAAACCAACGUACAGUUCCUGAGGGAAGCUGGUAUACUUCCGCUCACUCUGAAAUUGCGAAUGAUUUGAAUCUCAAACUGAAAGUUCUCCUAGAAAAAGAGUUGGCUGGAAAUGAACCAAAUUUCAUUCGCAUUCUAAAAGAAAUGUAUGACUCUUGCAUGGAUGUAGAAAGGAUUGAGAAUGAGAGUAGCAAACCUCUGGAGAAAGUACUGAAAAACCUUGGAGGAUGGCCGGUGGUGGAAGGAGAGAAAUGGAACUCGUGUGCUUUUGACUGGAUUGAUACUGUCAUUCAGCUCCGAAAUAUGGGUUACAAAUAUAAUACCUUGAUUGAUGUAGAUGUUGUGGGUCUCCGCAAUCGGAACACGUAUAUUAUAAAGUUAAAUGAGCCAUCAUUAGGAAUAGGCAGAUUAAAUCUGAUGCGUGGAACAAUAGACCUUUCCACUAACCAAUACUUGAAACUGAUGGUGAAAACAGCUAAUAAAUUGGGUGCAAAUGAAAGUACCUCGGAAAGAGAGCUCUCUGAAGCUCUCGAGUUUGAAAGGAAACUGGCUAAUAUUGAUUGGCUUGAUUUUUUCAGUCGAUUAUUGAAUCAAGAAAUCAACGAAAAUGAUCCUUUGCUUAUUAUGGCUCCAAAAUUCAUCAACAACUUUGCCAAUUUCCUCAAAGAAGCAGAUACGAAGGCAAUGGCUAAUUACAUGAUGUGGAGAGUUGUUUUUGAAUCUUUGCCCCUUUUAUCGAAGGAAUGGAGAAAUCUGGCUGUGGAACAGGGCUUUUUGACGUCAGAAAGCAAAGAAGAGCCACGCUCAAAAAAGUGUAGCAUUUCUUUUACAGAUGAUACUUUGGAAGUGCCUCUAAAUUCCUACUUCGUACGCCACUAUUUCAAAGACGAAAGCAAGGAAGCCGUUCGAGAACUGGUAGAGUAUAUACAUCGCGAAUUGCUAAACACCAUAGAAAACAUAACCUGGAUGGACCAAAUAGCAAAAAUUUAUAUAAAAGAAAAGCCAAAUUCCAUGACAUAUAAUAUUGGAUAUCCGAAAGAGCUUUUGAAUGACUCGUACAUCUCUGAUACGUAUGCAAAUCUAGUACUUGACAGAGAUUAUUUCAAUAAUACACUAAAAUUGCGCAAGUUGAAGACUGACUAUACCUUCUCUCAGCUUCGGAAACCUAUCCCAAAAAAUGACUGGGUGGAACGAGUAAACGUAGCUGAUGUGAAUGCUGCCUAUUCGAAAUCGAAAAACAAAAUUGUGCUUCCUUCAGGAUUAUUACAGUUUCCUUUAUUCAGCAAGGCCCAACCACAAUAUCUGAACUUUGGAGCUCUAGGUUACUACAUCGGCCAUGAAAUAACACAUGCAUUCGAUUACGGAGUUCAACAGCUUGACUAUACUGGUAAAAAUGGCGACUGGUCAAAAGAUAUUUUUCAAAACAAACUUUUGUGUCUCAAAGAACAGUAUAGUAAUUACGUUGCAGAAAAUGGAAAGAAAAUAGAUGGCUUUAAUGCGGAUUUUGUAACGGACAAUUUGGCUGAUAAUGGAGGUCUGAGAUUAGCUUAUCAGGCUUAUCAGUCUUGGGUAAUAAAUCACGGAAGAGAGAAGAAUCUGCCUGGCUUACCUUUUACACCGAACCAGUUAUCUUGGAUAAGCGCAGCAAAA